AUGGUUCACAUGGGAUCCGUUCGGAGAUUUUCGUGGCCUUUGGAUCCCACUUCGGAUGAGACUAAUUGUGAUUAUAAUAGCAACGACUUGACGACUGGCAGAUACAUAGACAUCGAUAACAUUAAUCUAGUGGUCAGACUUCAGACAUAUGUGGACGACAUCAUCGGUUCGGCUGAUCGGCAGACAGUGUGUGGCAAACACUGUAACCAAAACUGUCGACUCCAUUGGCGGCGAAACACUUGUCGCACAUCACAGCCGACGCCACUGCAGACGCCGCCGACUCAGCGCUCAGCCAAUGGUCUCAUCGCUAGAUAUCAUCCAAAUGUAAAUAACGAGGUCGUGAUCGACAUCAACGACAACACCAAUGCAAACACUGUGACUGACAUCAAAGUUCCGAUCGUCAAGAGCUUAAUCUCGCGUUUCAAGUCGUCCUCGACGUCCACCACAUCGGACUCGAGUACCACCUGUUCCUCGUGUAGGGCUCGACAGUCGAUAUCAUCGAACAGUUCCGCGUCGAGCAGUUGCGGUCGCAGCGCAACAGAAGCGGGACAUGUGAUCGCCAACCAAAACAUACUGACCAAUAGUUUGUCGGACACCAGCAGUGAUAGUGAAAUCGUGUCGGAUAUCUCGGACUUCAGCGAUGACCACAACUCCUCACACACUUCUGAUCUCAUGUUUAAUGAGUUAAUUCUCGGAGAGUUGUCUGAAAUGAGACAAAUACUCGAAGAGAUACUCAGCAAUAGAGACCAAUUGGGCUCCGAUUUUAAUCAGUCAAACACUGAAGAAUUGUUCAAAUUGUUUGGAUUUUCACUAUCAGUGUUGCGCUCAAUAAUUGCUCGACUUUAG